AUGCACUUCCACACCGCCCUCCUGGCCCUUCUGCCCGCGGCCCUGGCCGCCCCCACGGCCGAGCCCCUGGACAAGCGCGCCCCGGUCAUCGCCGCCCAGGCUGGCCGUGUUGUGCCCGGCAAGUACGUGGUCAAGCUGAAGGAGGGCGCCAGCGACGAUGCCCUCGAGAAGGCCGUCAAGAAGCUCGGCAAGACGGACCACGUCUACCGCGGCCGCAAGUUCAAGGGCUUCGCUGGCAAGCUCGAGGGUGACCUUCUCGACGAGAUCCGCCGCCUGCCCGACGUCGAGUAUGUUGAGGAGGAGGCCGUCUUCACCAUCAACAGCUAUGUCUCGCAGAGCAGCGCCCCCUGGGGCAUCGCCCGCAUCUCGCACAAGUCCCGCGGGUCGACGACCUACGUGUACGACGACAGUGCCGGUGCCGGUACCUGCUCGUAUGUGAUUGACACGGGCAUCUACACCGCUCACUCGCAAUUCGGUGGCCGUGCUACCUUCCUUGCCAACUACGCCGACAACUCCAACACCGACGGCAACGGCCACGGCACCCACGUCGCCGGCACCAUCGGCUCGAACACCUACGGUGUUGCCAAGAAGACGAAGCUCUACGCCGUCAAGGUCCUUGGCUCCGACGGCUCCGGCACCACCUCUGGCGUCGUUGCCGGCAUCAACUUCGUGGCGAGCGACGCGCCCAACCGCAACUGCCCCAACGGCACCGUCGCCAACAUGUCGCUGGGCGGCGGCUACUCGGCCUCCAUCAACAACGCCGCGGCCGCCCUCGUCGACGCCGGCGUCUUCCUCGCCGUCGCCGCCGGCAACGACAACGCCAACGCGGCCAACUACUCGCCCGCCUCGGAGGCGUCCGUCUGCACCGUCGGCGCCACCGACAGCAGCGACCGCAAGGCCAGCUACUCCAACUACGGCUCCGUCGUCGACAUCUUCGCGCCCGGCUCCAGCAUCCUGAGCACCUGGAUCGGCAGCUCCUCGGCGACGAACACCAUCUCGGGCACCUCCAUGGCCAGCCCGCACAUCGCCGGCCUCGGCGCCUACCUCCUCGCCCUCGAAGGCCGCCGGGCCCCCGAGGCGCUCUGCAGCUACAUCAAGAGCCUUGCCACCGCCAACGCCAUCAGCGGCCUCCCCAGUGGCACCACCAACCGCCUCGCCUUCAACGGCAACCCCUCCGGCUAA